AUGUCGAAGCAUCUGCUCUCACCCGAUGAUCACGAUCGACACAAGAAACGAAGGAAGAAAACGACUCACGACAAGAACCAACAGCCUUCGUUACUCGAACAACUCCCAUAUGAACUCUUGACGACCAUAUUCAUACAAUCAUCCAAUGCACAACUGCCACUCGUCAACCGUACAUUCUAUUAUGCCUUGUAUCAAUGUCCUGAAGAUGUCAAAGUACAAUGGCUGUUACACCGAGACAACUAUGCCAUGGGAUUGGCACUUGAACAUGGACUACGUUACCGAUUCUUUAAUCAACGACUACUCGAACGCUUUGAUGCCAUGCAUGGAACCCCGAUAAGAUUAGAUAACAAGAUGCUACCGCCUCACUUGUUUGCUGAAUGUGAUCCACAACGACAUGAUCUUGUUGUCAAAUUACUUGAACGAGGUGCUUCACCACACAAGCCCCAAGGAUACCCGCUCAUCAAGUCUGCGCAGAUUGGUCACCUUCCGAUGAUCAAGUCGCUUGUAGCUUUUGGUGCUGACCCCACUGCCAAAGACAACAUGGCUCUUCGCGUAUGUGCUGCUCGUGAUAACAAGGAAUUGGUAAAGUACUUUUUAUCGGAUCUCGGCGUCAAACCCGAUAGUGAGACUCUCAAGGCAUGUGUACGCAAGGAUCUCUGGGAUAUGGUCAACCUUCUCAUCGCUCAUGGUGCGGUCCCUGAUCUUUCUACUAUCAAUUGUACAUAA